AUGGAAUCAGCAGUAUUGAGAAUCAAUAACAUCUCCUCACAUUUGAACACUGGCGCACCAGGUUCAGCGGUUGUGCCUCAGUCGGCUACUGGUGCCACCGCCCCAGCAAAGUGCCCAGUGUCACAUCACUUUACUAGUCAGUCAUAUCAACAGUUGCACACACAGCAGGCUUGGAGUCUGAUCAGCACUUCGCCAUGCAACCAGACACCACCCCUGCGCGUCCUCGUCACUGGCGCCGCCGGCCAGAUCGCCUACAGCUUGGUGUUUAUGAUUGCCAGUGGCCAGAUGUUUGGUCCACAUCAGACCGUCGUGUUGCAUCUGCUCGACAUCCCCAAGAUGGCCGAGGCCAUGAACGGUGUCGUGAUGGAGUUGGCCGACGGUGCCUUCCCUCUGCUGCAGAACGUGGUCGCCACCACCGACGUCAAGCAUGCCUUCAUGGGCAUCAACGUGGCGCUGCUCAUUGGCGCCUUCCCCAGAGGUCCAGGCAUGCAGCGCAAGGAUCUGCUCAAGAUGAAUGCAUCGAUCUUCAAGGAGCAGGGUGAGGCGUUGAAGAACUACGCCGCCCGCAAUGUCAAGGUGCUUGUCGUUGGCAAUCCCGCCAACACCAACGCACUCACUGCUCUCACACAGGCUUCUGGAGGACUCCCCGCCGCCAACUUCUCUGCACUCACCCGUCUCGAUCAGAACCGUGCACUCUCCAUGAUCGCUGACAAGGUUGGCGUCAAUGUCAACAAGGUACACAAUGUUAUCAUUUGGGGUAAUCACUCACUCACUCAGGUGCCAGAUGUGAACAACGCUUACAUCAAUAACUACCCUCAACAGAGUGUUGUAACACCAGUUCAAACAGCAGUCAACGAUGACAAGUGGAUUAGAGAGUCAUUCAUCCCAUUGGUUCAAAACAGAGGUGCUGCAGUUAUUGCCGCCAGGAAGCUGUCAUCGGCUGCCUCUGCAGCCAACGCCGUCGUUGGCCACAUGAGAGACUGGCUCCUUGGCACACGUCCAGGUGAGAUUGUCUCGAUGGCUGUUGCCUCGGACGGCUCGUACAACGUGCCCAAGGGACUGAUCUUCUCAUUCCCCGUCACAUGCAGUGGUGGAGAGUGGAACAUUGUCCAGAACCUCAAGAUCACCGAGUUCAUCCAGGCCAAGAUCGACAUCACCACCAAGGAGUUGCAAGAGGAGAAGGAGGCUGCACUCUCAUUCCUCAAGGCUUAA